UUCACUUCAUUAAUUCUUCUACACCCUGCAAAGUGCAUUGGCGACACGUGUUUGUGUUUUCACAGUGAUUUUUAAGUAGUUUUUAUUAUUUUAAUUUGCCAAAACGCAUUGCAAAAUGGGAAAGUUUCGUUCUAAACUAAAGCGUCAUACCAAAGGCAAAACAUGGAGUAAAGGACAAUCGUCCACAUCAAACCCCGAGCAAAUGAAACAUCGUCUCAAAGCCAAGUCUCGAUUCUUUCAGCCGAAUUUGAGUUUAGCGCCACCCGAAGCGAAUGCCAAACCGAAUACGCUAACAUUGGAUGCUGUGCUAAAGCAUGACCAACGUUUGGCUUAUAAUGCUGAAACAACAACAGUUAACGAUGUAGCCGGCAGUCUGAAGUCUUUUAGUUUGAACGAUGAUGGCAUGGACGAUGAGAAUAUGUCAGAAUCACAACAAGGCACGUUUAAAACUUUCAAAACGUUCGCAUCAAAUUAUAGUGCCUGCAGUAAUAUGAGUUUUAAGAAGCUGCUGGUUGGCUUUCGGGCUUCAUCUGACCUGCACAAAGAAAUGUUAGCUAUACUAACUGCGAUAACCGAAGUGAUUCGUGAGCGUGGCGGUACGGAAUCGUCAACUGAAUAUUUUAUUUUACUUAUGGAACAAAUUGAAGCGAGCACAGAAGAAAAUGAUAUAAUAGCUGGUAUUUCGUUGCUGUCUAUGGGUAUUAAAUCGGUGCCUGCAACAGUUUUGCGUAAACGUUUUGGUGAAACGGCACAAACAUUUUUAGCAUGCUUAAAACGCUUCAUUGAAUCGUCUAACCAGACGAUUAUGAAAUAUAUAAUUGGCUGCUUAUCCGUGUUGCUUUGUGCACAAGAUUAUAUGACUUGGACUUACUCCUCAACAUGGCAAUACAUCGAUGCUAUUCUUUCUUUCACCAUACACUCUAAACCAAAGUUACGCAAAGCUGCACAGCAUGCAAUUGUGUCAAUUGUUCACGGCAGUUCCUUCAUGCGUACGCCCAAGAACGAAGAAGAUGAAGACGAAAUGUCGGUGGAACAACCGAAAGUCAAAACUCAUCCGGCCAGCGGUCGCAUUACGAAGUUUUGUCUCAGUCAAUUUAAACCCGAAGUGCUGGCAAAUUCGCAGACAACGGUACUCCACACCCUUACACUACUUAAAGACAUCUUGAGCGGCUUUAAAACGGAAGAUAUACGCGCCGUUUGUGAAAGUUUACUUUCCAUAAUGACCGCCGCCAACGUACUCAUACGUACAAAUUGCUUCCAAACUCUACACGCACUAUUUUCUUCGCGUACGACCAACUUGAAUGGUCCAUUAUGUGCAAAACUCUUAGCUGCUAUACACGAAUAUCGCCCAGAUCGUGUUGAUAUACGCCAAACUGUUGCAUGGGUUACGGUAUUAAAGGAGGGUCAUAUUCAUUUGGCUGUAUUGGAUUUAAAUUUGUGUAUGAGUGCGCUGCCACGAUUUGUGGACAUUUGCGCUUCUGAUUUGUGGUUGUCUGAACGUGCUGAAAUAAAUAAUAGUGUUUCAAAUAGUAUUAAAGAAUUGCUAUACGAGUGCGUUAAACCAGCUUGUGAGAAUGCAGAGCAGGCUGAAGUAUAUCGCAUAUCAGUUAUACGCAUAAUCGCUUCGCUGGAGAAAGUGUUGAAUGCACCCUUCGGUGAAAUGGCCAAACAUGUGAUUUUGAUAUUUUCAUUUGUUUUCGAAGUUUGCGGCAAAUACUUUAGCAAGGAAUUAGGACCGUCGCUGAUAACACUCUCAAAACGUUACGACACCCAAAGCGCUCUCCGCGUACAAAUAGAACACACCAUAAUCGCCGCUAUACAAUCGAUGGGGCCGGAAAAUGUUUUGAAAACUAUACCCUUGACAAAUAGUAAGAAUGAAGUCUUACUAGAACGGUCUUGGUUACUACCGCUGCUGCGUGAGGGCGCUAAAGGUGCUACUUUUAAGUUUUUCAAGGAGUUUGUUCUGCCACUUGCACUGGAUUGCAACAACAAAUGGCACCAGCAUGCGCAAGGCGAACAAAAGUCGCUUUCACACACCUACGAAUUAUGGUGUUGUCAAUUGUGGGGUUUAUUCCCAGGUUUUUGUCGUGAACCAGCAGAUCCUGAAAAUUUACGUUUGAUUGCGCCCACGCUGGGUAAUGCGCUUGACAACAAUCCGGAGUUUCGUGCGCCAAUAUACGACGGUUUAACUGAGUUGAUUUCCAAUGAAGAGAGCGCAGAAAUUAAAGAGUCUUUGGCAAAAUAUUCCAAAAAUUUUCUGCCUCGUUUAUUCAAUGUUUAUGCGCAGAAACCGAGUACUUCUUAUGAGGCGGAUUUGCGCAAGAAAUCUUUGGAUGUGAUUAAGCUAUAUUUUACAAGAACGCCAACUGACGUUCUGCAUGGGCUAUUCGAGUCUGCAAAAACACAACUUUCCAAUACCGACGUAGGCACAUUUGAAUAUGAUGCCAUUUUUGAUAUCAACGCUGCCUUGCUGGUCUUCCAAACUAGCGAAGCUAUACGCGUUUUCUUCGAGGAAUUCAUUGUGCCCGUGCUGAAGAACGAAAAAUCGAAGUUGGUCGCUAAGGACGAGCAAAAAUUGAGAAAACAGCAACGCAGAACUUAUGAACUUCUCCGUGAUAUACUCACCUCCGAGGCAGCUUCUUGCCAGAAAUUUACUCGUAAAAAUAGCAUUGCUUUGCAGAAGUUGCUGUUAGACGCUUUUUCUACAAGUUGCGUUGUGUGCCAAGCAGCGCGUUUAAGAUGUCUAAAAAUUCUCAUUGAAAACCGCAAAUCAUUAACAGUGAAUGAUAAAAUUGUAAUGAAAACAAUACCGGAAGCUGUACUCACUUACAAAGAGUUCUCGACACGCAAAGAAAAUGUUUCGGAGGAGCUUAUAAUUUUCUUGGUUAAUCUCUAUCAGGAAGCUGGCAGGUUGAAUGACUUUGUCGAUAUCCUAACAGCCGGUUUUGCGGGUGAUGAGUCGUUAAUUACGAACACAAUACUGGCUUUUCGCACUGUUCUACAACAGCAGGGUAAAAAUUUAACAAUAACCACGCUCGAAUUUAUAAUGGAGCAGAUUUUGGUUUUUUUGGUACAAAAAACACGCUCACUCGCCGAAGCAUCUGUCGCAUUUCUCAUUACUUUUAUAAAAGUAAUGCCCUCGCCUUUGGUUGCCAAUCACUUGCAGACGAUUAUGAAAGCGCUCUCCGCCAUGGCCAAGGAUACCAAACGUUAUUGUCGCAUACAAAUCGGUUAUCUGUUGAAAAAACUCUGCAAGCGUUUCACAGCCGAUGAACUCAUUAAAUUUGUGCCUGGUGAUGAUGAGGUAACACAUCGACGUUUGAAGAAAAUACGCAAACAAAUGCGUCGUGAGACACGCAAGCAGUUGAACGAGAAGGAUAAGAACGACGAUGAUGAAUCUGAGGAUGAAUUUGUUGCUGGGCUAGAGAAGAAGAGUGUGACCAUUGAUGACAUAUUGGCCGAUUCAGAUUCUGAUUUGCCCGAAGAGAUGGAUACAGACGAUGAUGCACAAGACAAAGCUGAGAAGAAGAAUAAGAAACGUGGCAGCACAUUUAUACGGGAAGAUCCAGAGGAUAUUGUGGACUUGGCUGACAUUAAGUCGAUAGGCAAUGUGUUAACAAAUCGACCAGAUGCGCCAGGAAAUGCUGUUGGCAGCACUAAAACCAAGAAUAAGGAUCCAAAUCGUGGUUUUAAGACCGCACAGGAUGGAAGACUGAUUAUAAGUGAUAAGGCACUACGUGGUGUGGGCGGCGAUGAUGAUGAUGACAGCAGUGAUGAUAGUGAUGGCGAAGACGGCGAUGAGGGUGUUGAUGUGAAGAAAGCGCCUAAGCGCGGCAUGGAAAUGGACUCAAGUGAUGAAGAAGAAUUGCCCACUACAAGCCGCAAACGUAAAGCAACAGAUGCUAUUAGCAUGCGUUCCGGCAAGACCUCCGCUUCUAAAUAUAUCGCCGGUGGCAAAGGUAUACAUCGACCGCUGGGCGCUGGCAGCGAUGCAAUGUCCAUGAAAUCUGGCUAUUCUGCUAAGACAGCAAAAUCCGGCAAAUCUAUAGCGGCAUCCGUAAACGCUGGCAGCGAGUAUACAACUAAGAAAGCUAAAGGCGAUAUGAAGAAGAAAGGCAAGCUCGAUCCGUUCGCGUACAUACCGCUUAGUAGAAAUACGCUGAACAAAAGAAAGCGUGCAAAACAUGCAGGCACAUUUAAGAAUAUAGUCAAUGGCGCGCGCAAAGGUGCGCUGAAAGGCGUUAAACAAAGAGUAGCUAAAUCAUAUAAACAAUAAAAUUUUAAAAUAAAACUAAUGCAAUAAAAUGGAAUGGACUGUAUGUACAUACUACAAAAAAAAAUAUUUAAUCUUUUGUUAACUGCUAAGAGUUAUAAAUCGUAAUAAAUUUAAUAAAAUAAAGCUAAACAACACCAUUUAAACUACUUAACUGAUAUUAGACGUUGAACACUUUAAAAAUACAAA